CGAGAAAGAAGAGCACACACAAGCACGCAUGGAUAGCGCGCGAGGUUCGAUCGACGGUGCUCUUGGACGACGGACGGCACGAUAGCUAUGACUCACGAGCAGGACCGUUUCUUCCUUCGCAAGCACAUGCUCCCGCUUCCGCAACCAAUCCCUCUUUGCCUCAAGCAUCAUGCUGGGUCUCGCGAGCAUGGCGGCGUCGCGGACAGCGUUUCAGGCAGGCAACAGUCUGAAAAACGUCUACUCUCGUCCACUCUCUCGACGAUUCUCGCUGAGCAGUUUCCUAUUUUCCGGGGCGCAAGGGGCAAGCGGGGGAGGUCGAGGAGCAGGAGCCUCAUCACCUUCCUCGACGGAUCCCAACUCCCCAAAUCAUAAUGCUAGCGCCGCUCUGGAUUACAAGCUGAGCCAUAGGCUUAGGAAGUUGCCCCCCUUGCCCAGCCUAGAACCGCCAAACUUGGACGCGGGCGAAGCUGUCAGCAACAUCCUUUAUAAUACUCCACCUCCCAGCAAACAGCCGUUCAAGAGGCACAUCCUCAACACGCUCGUGCAGAACGAACCAGGUGUGCUCUCCCGCGUAGCAGGUACCCUUGCAGCUCGAGGCUUCAACAUCGAUUCCCUGGUCGUGUGCGCGACGGAACAUCGCGACCUUUCGCGGAUGUGCAUCGUCUUGCGAGGACAAGAUGGAGUGGUAGAGCAGAUCCGCCGCCAAUUGGAAGAUCUGGUUCCAGUCUGGGCAGUGCUGGACUACACCAAUACGAGCGUCAUAGAGAGGGAAAUGAUGCUUGUCAAAGUCAGCAUACUGGGACCAGAGUAUUUUGAGGAAGCUCAAUUGGCAGCUCAAGGUGCUAGCGCUGGUGCCAAUUCUAGCAGCUUGUACGCAUCCCAAUCUGCCCCUGCUCCUGAGCUCUUGGCCGAGAGGGAAAGCAACGCUUCUGCCGGCUCGGGUCCUUCGCCUGCAGGGACGACCGGAUCGGCCGCUUCUUCAUCAGACGCGGCUUCUGCCGUCGGCUCAGCAGCCACUCACUCCCAUUCCGCUCAACAUGCUCCACUCACACCCACCGAGGCGCUCAGAGUCAAGUCGGACAACAUGAGAUCCAUCAUUGCGUUGGCGGAGCAGUUCAAGGGCAGUGUGGUGGACAUCAGCUCUACAAGCGUUAUUGUGGAGGUGACUGGAAAGACGAGCAGGUGCGACGCCUUCCUCAAGCUGGUCAGGCCAUACGGCGUGCUCGAAUGCGCCAGGAGCGGAACAAUGGUGCUGCCUCGCUCGCCCAUCACCUCUUCCUGGACUGGCUUGGACGAGCUGAGCGACGAGGAACUUGCGGAAAUUGACCCCUCGCUCUUGCCUCCUGGCUAAGCUAGGCUACACGAAGCAGGCUACGUCUGGCAUUGCGGCCAGGCUUACAGAUGGUGAGGUGCACCGCAAUGUGCGCAGUAGGGGAUAGGAGAGGGCAGGUAAGCUAAGUCAUGGGAACGAACGUUGCAUUGGUUCACGACGGGUGCGACUUUAGCAAUGUCGAAUGAGCUUCUCAAACUUCUUGCGAUGCGUCUCCAGCGACUUGCGCACUUAUCCUGUGAUCUGCCCAGGCUGACUUGCACAUUGGUCUGGGAUGAUUGUGGGUUAUCCUAGAGAUCUGGGC